UUUUCAUUUCAGAUCCAAUUUUGGGCUACAUCACAAUGUAAUAUUUCAGCGAACUUUGCCGUUAGCUGGAAAGCGAAAAAUGCCGUCGAAGAACAGAAGAAAAACCUCCAAAAAUCUUCAGUCUCAACUUUCAAACCCGGUGCAAAUUCUUCAUCAUCUUCAACCUCACAAUGAAAAUUGCUUGGAAGGAGACCCUCUUUCCCGUUUCCUUCAUCCUUUACAAAGGGAAAUCACAUUAGAACUACAGUCCAAUAAAACCUUCCCCGAGAAGUUGUGGUUCAAGCAAAAUUUUUCCGUUGGGGUGAAUGAAGUAACGCGGUUGCUUGAGCGGAUGGCUCCAUCUAGUGAUAAUACCUUUAAUGCUAUCCAAGGAGGAUCCUCAAUUACUACUGUUAAUGAAAGUCGGGUCUGUCCGCCACGCUCUUCCCUCACCAAACUUCAGGUUGUGUUGGUAGCUUCAGACUGUAAUUCGAGAUGGCUCACUAAGCAUUUGCCAAGCUUGGCUGCUUCCCGAAAUGUACCACUUAUAUAUGUUAAAGACAAUAAAGAAGGUUCUCUGAGACUGGGUGAAGUUGUCAAAGUGAAAACAACCAUUGCUCUUGGAGUUAAGGUUAAAGGAAGUAGCAUCAACAAAUAUCUCGAAGAAGCUCUUAGUCAGGAUAAGCUAUUGGUAAAUCGAGGCCUGGACUCCACAUAGUUGGCCAAUGGCCACUGUAUCUUGUCUAUCAUAUGCUGGUUAUAGUCAAUCUCAUUCUUUGCUGUAAGCAUCUAGGAGACCUUGGUCCGCAAUCGUCUUCAUAUGUCCCAAAUGGCUUCUCAGCUUAUCAUCUUGUGCCCCACGUAUUAGAUAUAUUGUAUAUUUCAUUGGCGCAAUCAGAUGACGCGAUUCAGUGAUAGAUAAUGGACUUGCUGCAUAUUGUUGCUUUAACUACAGCUGCCUCGGCAAAAGCUUCCGGUUUGUCAAGGACUUGUUGCAAGAGAUCUUCAAACUAAUAGACAUUGUUAACUGUCGACACAAAAAGAGCAAGUUUGAUGUCGUCGGCAUUGUUAAGAAGAUAGGACCUUUUUAGUAAAAGCAACCUUCUUGUUUUGAGGUCGUCUGAUCGUGAGACGAUCUCAUAUAAGACAUACUUUUUUACUGCUAUAAUUUUAGAGAAAAUAUUAAUGAAACUGAAAAGGUAACAACUCUUUUAGUUUUAGGGCUAGUCUUUUUUAAGCCGUUUUACAAUGAGACGGUCUUAAUAAAGAAUUUGUCUUUUUGUUUUAUAUGCAGGAAAGGUGUUUGAACCUAGCCUUUUAAAAUCAUAUAAAAUCAUAUCCGUGGAACUAUUACAUGAAUUUGACCAAUAUUAUUGUUUCACAAAAUUUAGACAAUUUUACCAUAA